CUUAUCCUAAUCUAGAACGGCGUGGAACCCCGCAGGGCGCUUUUCGAAAACUUGACGAAAGCUCCCCGCGGCGGUUUAUGGCGACCGGGUCGUUUCGAUCGAAUUCAAAGCUUUCGCGCUCGCGCAGAACUGAAACCUACCAAAAAUCUCUUGUUGUUUAUAUACUACAUCAAGCUCCUCAGUCUUUGCCGGUCAGUCUUUUACAUCGGAUGAUCAACGAUGUUGAGCUUUUGCGGCAUGACCAUCUCAAAGUCGUAAGCUUGGCUUAUCCGUUGUAAACAAACCCGAGAAAAUAAAAUUUAGAGAUUAUAUAAGAGAUUUAGUGUAAAGAUUCGUUUGGGGAUGAUGUUUUUAACAACAUUUUUAUUAAUACCCUCAGUUUUAUUAACAGACGAUUUUAUCCCAUGCAAAAAAUCCGAAUAUAAAUGUCUCAAUAAUAAUUAUUGCAUAAAUUUAGAUAAAUAUUGUAACGGAUUUAGUGAUUGUGCCGAUGAAAGCGAUGAAUUACUUGGGUGUACUCCUUGUAAUAAAACGUAUUACGGGGAAGUUGGAAAAACGUACGAGCUCGAGAUUAAACGACCAAAUGAAGAGUUCAUCCCGUUUUUAUGCUUUUUAAACUUUACGGCUACCGGGAAAAGUUUUGGCGAAUUAAUACAGAUUUCAUUCGAAGCGUUUUCAGUGGGAACUUUCGAAUCGUUUACUAAUGAAGGUUGCCCCGAAGGGUACAUAUCAAUUAAAGAAGGAAAUAGGCCGAUACCCUCGGGGAAAUGGUGCGGAAGUUCCUGGGGGUAUUCCGUGUAUUACAGCGAAACAUCCACCGUUAAUUUAACGUUGCAUUUAGAAAAAUUACCUUUUCAACAAGGUGCUGGGUAUACUUUUGAAUUUCGAAUAUCAUACAAAUUCCUAAAAGCGACGGAUGCUCGUUUGCGAUACGGAAAUUCCUCUCGGCGAACUUAUCGGGGAAAACUCACCCCGGGCACGUACUGUGACAGGCAACUAGAUGGUUGUAGGAAGAAGCCGUGCAAGAUCCAAUCCCCUAAUUAUCCCGGAAUAUAUCCGAGGAACGUGUCGUGCCAAUACAGAAUCCGGGAACGGAAUACACCCGAGGGAAUGCACGCCCUUAUCGUACUCAGACAAUCUUCUCCCUUACACCAACACAAAGAUUAUAUGACAAAAUUUGAUAACAGCGAUAGAGUAUUUAGAGUUUUUGAAAAAUGUAAUUUAAUGGAAGACUACAUAGAAAUAUUCGACGGUUUCGAAGACACCUCCCCAUUACUAUCCCAUUUAUGCAGCGGCGAAACAACCCAGGAAAUAAUUUCGAGCGGCCCAGAAUUAUUAGUUAAAUUCCGCACAUCUCCAUUUGGAAAUCCGUUCCAUCCGUUGCCGUUAUCUCAACUUCCCGGUUUCGAAAUGGAGGUGCAGAUAUUCUACGUAAAAAAGGAUUCGCCGACUUACGUCGAAGAAAAAAAGUGCGAAUUUUUAAUAACAACUCAAAAUAAACGCUCGGGAUUCUUAAGAAACCCAAUUCAUUCUUUGCCAUCGAACACGACGUGUCAUUAUCAUUUCCACGGACUUGAACGUGAUAUCGUUUGGAUUUCAUUUAUAAAGUAUCACGUUAAAAACGAAAGGAUCGAGGAGUUAGAAUGCGACGUUCGAUUACAAAUUUGGGACGGAGAUGUGAAAUCGAACGCUAAAGUCCCGUUAAUUGGGCAAUUCUGCAAAGAGGAUAAACCCAAGUUGUGCGAUCAUCGUCUGUUGGGGAAUAAAACCCGGAAAAUGUUGCGACCUUGCGAUUUAACCGAAAGUUACGUCUCAACAGGACCCGAUUUAACGUUAACACAAUCGAUUAAAUACGGAAACGUUUUGUAUCCAGUUCAAUUUUUAAUAAAAUACGAAUUCGUCGAUUUUUCCCAAGAGGGUUUACAAAACAGUUUAAACCCGUGCGAUAGAAUGUUUAGGAAAAAUUCCGGGCGAUUUUAUUCCCCGAAAAUAACGUUUUUAUUCGGGAGAGGUGGCCAAAAAUCGCUAAAAUGUUCUUAUCACUUCGAAUCGAAUGAAAAAAGAAAGUUAGAGAUCACCAUCGAAAAAUUAAAAGUAAAAAAUAAAAGUUGUUUCACAAAAUACAACAAAGAAACGGGACGAUACAAAUGUAACCCUAAAAAGGGUAAAGAAAGCAAAACCGAAAUAAAAAUCUUCGAGUAUCCUUGGAGAGGUAUUGAGAUUUUAAGAGAUUGUUUUUGCGAAAAUUUUAAUUACCCCGUUACGAUCCAAACGAAAACCGCUCGGAAAAUAAUCGUUAACUUCGAAAUCACCAAAAUGAACGUAUCCGAUGAUUUUAACGACCAUUUUUUCGAGGCGACCUAUAAUUUUUUACCACAAAACGAAGGCUGUUUAAACCCGUGGAAAACGAAGCGAUUAAAAGGAUCCAGCGGGGAGAUUUCAAUAAUUAAUCGAGAUUUAAGAAACAAUUUUAAAGAAAAUCGCUCCAUUUUUUAUUGUACCCAACAACCUUGGUUAAUAGAACCGGAAAAUCCUUUCAACAACUUUAUUUAUUUAAAAAUAAACGGGCAAGAAACCAAAAAUGUAACGUGUUUAACUAAAAAUCGAAUUUUGAUUUAUCCAGUUGGUAACGCUGAAAAUCUUAAAAUCAUUUGCCCGAUUUUAAAUGGAUCCAACGACGUCGUUGAAUUAUUUUCGGAAGGGUGGGAUUUUUUUAAUUACAAAACGAUACGGUUAAGGAAUUCGAAAAGUUUCGUUGUCGAAUUUAUCCAAAAUGAACCGGGAAAUUUUAUCGUUACUUGGAUGGAAAUUUCUAAAAAUCCAGCUUUGACACUUCCCAGGAGUUUAAUGUUAAAUCAAAUUAACGUUCCAAAUUGUAUUCACAGUUGCCCGGAAUUAGAAGCUUGCAUAAGUCCCGAUUUAUGGUGCGAUGGGCUACGUCAUUGCCCAUCUGGUAACGAUGAAACCGAAAUUAAUUGUUCCAUCAACAAAAACUACAAUUUAUUAACAAUUAUUUGCACCGCGAUUAUUUGUCUUCUUAUUUGUACAAUCUCCGCCUUGUUUGCGUGUUUUUGGAAAGCUCAUCGACGAAGAGAAACAAGAAACGUUAUCGUUUCGGUUACUGACCACACUUUUCUUGAAUUUAAAAGAGGGUUGUGUUAAGAAUUAAAAUCUGCAAAGAUACUUCAUUGUAAAGUGGUAGGGAUGUUCCUAUUUGUAAAAGACAAUCAGGUGUUGUAAUGAAAUGGUUAAAAAUCGAGGGAAAAUAGAUUGUAUAAAUAAAGUAUUGACAAUAUUAAUUGAUCGUAGAUUGUAUUAUUAGAGUUUGUAAGAAAAUAAAAACUUGUAUGAUAAACUUA